UUGGAUUUUAAAAUUACUUAAAAUUUGUAUAGAGAAAUGCUGCACUACAAAUGAGCAGAAAUAGAAUUUAUUCAUAUUUUUAUCUCAUAUAAUUAUCAUGAACAGUUUUGUACUUUUUUAAUGGCACAGAAACAAUGUCUCCUGAAGGCUUUAUUUUCUUAGGAUUUCUUAGGAUCUUUACUAUUUUCUUACUUGUUAUUUUUCUAUAGUGCUAUCCCUCAUAUUUUUUAAUCUCCCACUUCCAGUUAUCUGACUUAUAAUUCAUUCUAGCUAUUAGUUUUUGGGUUUUUUUUUUUUUUUUUUCCCUCUUCAUUCUAGUGUCUCUUUUUACUUGUGAUGUAUUCACCUUGGGACUUGUUUGGCUGCCUUAAUCGUCCUACUUACAAAGUGAAGAAUUUCAACAAACUCUUCUCCAUCAAAAGUUUGUGGUUUAGAAGUGUUAUAUUGGCCUGGUACAAAGGAGGAGGGGAAGGGAAUUUUCUGUGAGUUAUCGUGUGUGACUUGCUUUUUUUUACUUUUUAAAUCAAGUGUCAGAAUAAAUUAUCACUUACUGGAACCGAAACACUCACUGAUUCAAAUGCUCAGGUAUGAAUCUUCUAUUUCUGCCUAAAAAAUACAAGCUAUCAUUAUUAAUUAUGCAGGUAAAAUGUUUAACCGCUGAACUCAGUCAAUGGCAGAAAAAAACACCUGAAAUAAUUCCUUUGACUGAAGAUGUUCUCAUAACAUUAGGAAAAGAAGAGUUCCAAAAGCUGAGACAAGAUCUUGAAAUGGUACUGUCCACUAUGGAGUCAAAGAAUGAAAAGUUAAAGGAAGACUUAGAAAGAGAACAACGGUGGUUGGAUGAACAGCAACAGAUAAUGGAAUCUCUUAAUGUACUACACAGUGAAUUGAAAAGUAAGGUCGAAACAUUUUCUGAAUCAAGAAUCUUUAAUGAGCUGAAAACUAAAAUGCUUAAUGUAAAAGAAUAUAAGGAGAAACUCUUGAGUACCUUGGGCAAGUUUCUAGAAGACCAUUUUCCUCUGCCUGAUAGAAGUGUUAAAAAGAAAAAGAAAAACAUUCAAGAAUCAACUGUACAGCUGAUAACACUGCAUGAAAUGUUAGAGAUUCUUAUAAAUAGAUUAUUUGAUGUUCCACAUGAUCCAUAUGUCAAAAUUAGUGAUUCCUUUUGGCCACCUUAUGUUGAGCUGCUGCUGCGUAAUGGAAUUGCCUUGAGACAUCCAGAAGAUCCAACUCGAAUAAGAUUAGAAGCUUUCCAUCAGUAAAAGGAUGUUUUCUUUUUUCACACAGUAAAAAAAUCUUAUCAUUCAAGUAUAUUGGAACCACAGGACUAUUUGGAUAAAAAACAUUAUUUGCAAAUUAAUGCACAUAGUCCAUCUUCCUUUUAUCGCUAAAUGGGAUGUGCUGCCAUCUAUUAUUCAUUUUUAAAUGAUCCUUUCUUCAGUCAGUGCUUUGGUGUUUUAAACUAUAUGGAGAAGAAUGCAGGUAGAUAAUAUUCUAGGCAUAAAACAUUUAAUAUACCUUGCCUCAUGCAAUAUUCUUUGGAAAAUUCUUUGUUGAUUUAUUAUAUUGCUAAUAUAUGUUUUCUUAAAAUGUAUAACAAUAUCUUUCAUGCAUUUUGAGUUCCAAUUGGUGCUUCUUUAUAUUUAGAAAUUAUAAUGGGAAAGUCAUUUAAUUUGUGGAUGGUUUUAAAAUUGAGGUAAUAUCUGAUGUAGAAGCUGGCAUAAUUUAAAAGUAUUUAGCAAAUUGUUUCAUAUGUACUGCCUUAUUUCUAGCUUUGUUUAAAAUUGGAAUAUGAAAAACUGGUGGAUAAAGCUAGCAUAAAAUUGAUAUUUCAGUUUGUAUUAUUCAUAUACCAUGUAACCUUAUAUAUUAAUCUACUCUUGAUUCUGCUAAUUAUUACCAACAAAAUUGUAUUCAUGACAUUUUAUUAAUCCUCUAUGAAUUUUCUUUAAAUAAAAUUAUUUCUAAAAAUCUCUA